CGCAGCCUUGCAAGCUCUUUUUACCCGACUGACUGAAAGAUACCCACAAGGAGAAUCUUGUUCAAUCCUCUCCUUGCAAGUCCUUUACACUUCUCCAAGCCUAUCCUACCAUGUCGGACCUGACGUCUUCUCCCGCUUGGAAAGCCCUUGAGGCCCAUUACGGUACCAUGAAGAACGUUCACAUGAAGGAACUAUUCGCCAACGAUUCCGAACGCUUUCACAAGUAUUCCAUGAAGUUCGAAGACAUUCUACUCGACUACUCCAAAAAUCGUGUUGCAGAUUCGACUAUGGAUCUGCUGUACGCUUUGGCGGAGCAGCAAGAUGUCAAGGGUAAGGCUCAGGCCAUGUUCAGUGGUGAAAAGAUUAACUCCACGGAAGACCGGACUGUCCUGCACAUUGCUUUACGCAACCAGUCCAACAAGCCGAUCUACGUCGAUGGUGAAGACGUCAUGCCCGCUGUCAACGAAACCCUCGAAAGGAUUAAAGCUUUUACGAAUCAGGUUCGUGACGGGACCUGGAAAGGGCAUACGGGAAAAGUGAUUACGGCGAUUGUCAAUAUCGGUAUCGGUGGAUCCGAUCUUGGUCCCGUCAUGGCCUGUGAAGCUCUCAAGCCGUACGCAGCCGACCAUUUGAAGAUGCACUUUUGUUCUAACGUAGACGGUACGCACAUUGCCGAGAUUCUUAAGCUUUGUGAUCCCGAAACAACCCUAUUCUUGAUCGCCAGUAAAACCUUCACCACGCAAGAAACCAUGACCAACGCCAACACAGCGAAAACGUGGUUGGUGGGCAACUUUGAUGGGGACGAGACUUCUGUCGCCAAACAUUUUGCGGCGUUGAGUACUAAUGGUGAUGCUGUGUCUGCCUUCGGUAUCGACGUCACUAAUAUGUUUGGAUUCUGGAAUUGGGUUGGCGGACGAUACAGUUUGUGGAGUGCGAUCGGGACACCGAUCGCCCUCGCUAUUGGUUUCGACAAUUGGAUGGAAAUGCACGCGGGUGCACACGCUGUCGAUCAACACUUUUUGCAGUACGAUGGCAAGGACAAUCUGCCUUUGACUUUGGCGUUGAUUGGUCUAUGGUACAACAACUUCUUUGGCGCUGAAACUGUGGCAAUUCUCCCCUACGAUCAAUACAUGCACCGAUUUGCAGCUUACUUUCAGCAAGGCGACAUGGAAUCGAACGGGAAGUACGUUGAUAUGAACGGCAAAAGGAUGCAAACCCAAACCGGUCCCAUCAUAUUCGGUGAACCUGGCACCAACGGACAACACGCUUUCUAUCAGUUGAUCCAUCAAGGCACCAAAAUUAUUCCUUGCGAUUUCGUUGCACCUUGUCAAAGUCAAAACAAUUUGCCCGAGAAGCUUGGUGCGCCUGUUGACCACCAUCCUAUUUUACUUUCCAACUACUUUGCUCAAACGGAGGCUCUAGCAUUUGGAAAGGAUGAAAGCCAAGUUAAGGCGGAAUUGGAUAAGACGGACAUGUCGGAGGCCGAAAAGACGGCGCUUGUCCCGCACAAGGUUUUCGAAGGCAACCGCCCUUCGAAUUCUUUCCUGUUCAAGAAGUUGACGCCGCGUACGUUGGGUAGUCUGAUCGCAAUUUACGAAAUGAAAAUAUUCUGUCAAGGCGCUAUUUGGAAUAUUAACUCGUUUGAUCAGUGGGGUGUUGAGCUCGGUAAGCAGCUUGCCAAGGCUAUUUUACCGGAACUCGACGGCGACUCCCCUGUUUCGUCCCACGACAGUUCCACCAAUGGUCUCAUCAACUAUUACAAGACAAACAAAUGAACUGUAGAGCAUUCGAGCUGGGACGUCUGGCGUGUUAAGAUGCAACAAAAUAAACGAUGUGAAGUAGGAAGCGAUUCCAAUGACGCAUGAAAGUUGUAGCUCUGCGUUAUAUCCAUUUAAUUUAGCAAAUCCAAUCGUAAAUA